GAAAUAUAGAUUUGGUCAGCUAUUGUUCUACUUCGUGUUAAGCUAAUGUUAUGUGUGGAGUAGCCUUAAAUUCACCUCUGUCUCUACUCUCCCGCUGUUUAUUCACCCCAUAUCGACGCGUGGCGUCACUGAGCUAUCUAUUAUGACGACUGCCCUAUUAAGAAUGACAGCGCUGGAGGAGAGAGAGGGCAAUGGUGAUCCCUCCCAGAGCUCGUGCAGCACUCUCGAGCGAUUGCAUCGCACAGCUCAUCGUCUGCGUUUGUUGUCUAACCAAGCUCUAUCAAACUUGGCUACCUGCUUAGUCUAUCGGUUAUGGACAGCUGUAAGGACAUGUUGAUGCGCGCUGAGGGUGGUCAGAUUGGCAAAACUGGCUCUAAUUUUUCGGAAGGUACUGGAGACCCCAUGCGCGAGCACACGGACAAACCGAUUCGCCAGAACAGCCUAAGCCCCUGUCCCGUAUCUUAUUCGCGGAAUCUUGAUGAAACAAUAAAGGGACAUCGUAGCGCAAAGUGCGGGGAUGUGGGACUGGAUAGCAAGCCAUCUACGACGGACAGAGAGCUGUCAGAUAUUCAUAACAAAGAGACGAGCAGCUCAGAUGCGGAAUCAGACCUCUACGAAGAAAUAGAUGUCAGCUGUACCCCUGAGAGCAUGGACUAUCCGAGUGGACAAGGACUGGAGACAAACUCGCCGAACCACGUUAAAGAACUCGGCAUGGACAACAGUAAGUUGGGUUCAGGCCCCGGGGCUCUCAGCUAUGGUUCUGACCAGAUGAGACGUUAUCGAACAGCCUUCACGAGAGAGCAGAUAGCACGACUGGAGAAAGAGUUUUACCGGGAAAAUUACGUGUCCAGGCCACGAAGAUGCGAGUUGGCGGCUGCCCUAAAUUUACCGGAAACAACAAUAAAGGUUUGGUUUCAAAACCGUCGCAUGAAGGACAAGAGACAGCGGCUGGCCAUGACUUGGCCGCAUCCCGCGGACCCCGCCUUUUACACCUAUAUGAUGAGCCAUGCUGCAGCCACAGGCAGCCUGCCCUAUCCAUUUCAAUCACACCUUCCCCUACCUUACUAUUCUCCUCUAAGCGGUGUCACUGCAGGUUCAGCAUCUGCCACCGGUGGUCCAUUCACCAACCCUUUGCGCUCGCUGGACAGUUUUCGGGUUCUUUCCCAUCCGUACCCUCGUCCUGACCUGCUGUGCGCUUUCAGACACCCAUCACUGUACCCCAGCCCGGGUCAUGGGCUUGGUCCUGGGGGAAGCCCAUGCUCCUGCCUUGCCUGUCAUGCUGCCAGUCAGACAAACGGGCUCCAACAGAGGUCUAACAACGCAGACUUCUCUUGUUCGCCCACGACCCGGACUGAGGCCUUCCUUACGUUCUCGCCCGCAGUUCUCAGCAAAUCAUCUUCAGUUUCUUUGGACCAGCGUGAGGAAGUACCAUUGACAAGAUAAGACGAUAUCAAGGGCUACGAAUUCUCCAGGCACUAUCAAGAAAAACUUUGGGAACUUUGGCAAUAUUUAAUUAACAAUUUAACGCAUUAAUGACCCAAAGUACUCUGUGCAACACAAAAGCAAUCUGCUUUUUAAUGAGGUUUCAAAACUGUGAAUAGUUCCAGUUAAGAAGCUAAGCUUAUCAUGCAAGAAAAGCCUACUUUACCACUGACAGGCCACGGACAUCUUGCUGAAAAUAAUCUUUGGAUAAAGUAGCCUAGAUGUUCAAAACAGAGAUAUCGUAUUAAAGCAAUUACAUAUGAAGUAAAACAUUUUAACAAAAAUA